UACAAACUGGAGAAGGAGCUGCCCCAGAAGCCAAGUCAGGGAAAAAGCGAAGAAGAGGGGGCGACCCUGAGGGAUUCCGGGGAAGCUGUGGCACGGGGAUCUUGGAGGUUUUUAAGGAGGAGAGGCAGCUCGGGGUCCUGGGGCGGAAGAAUAGGCGCAGGGUGUCUGGAAGGGGAACCCAGAAGUGCCGGCCUUGCAGGCGCCCGGUCUUCUGGGCUCAGGCAUUUGAGCGAAGGUGGAAGUAUCAGGAGUGUGAGCACCGCACCAGAGCCCAUGCUGUCUGAUCUUUGAUUCCUCGUCCUGCCUUUCUUCCCCAUUUCAAUUGUAGCCGUCAUGGCCACCUUCCAAACCAAGAAGGAUCCUCUCCUCCGGGGUGUAUCACCCACCCCGAGCAAGAUUCCGGUUCGCUCAAAGAGACGCCCGCCUCUCCCCUCACCCAAGCCAUGCGACUUGGAGCGGGAGAACCAAGAUCCAAAGAGAUUGGAGCAGAAGUCCAGUACUCAACGUCCCCUUGUUGACUCAGCAGGCCACAGGCCAAAAGCCACACAUCAAACACAAAAAUCAGAGAGAUUGGUGGGGAGCACUGUGCUUCGGAAACCAUUGGAGGAGCUCAGGCCUAGCCCUAAGGAACAAAGUGUGGGGCCUGGGCCUCCUCCCCAGAAAGAGAUUCCAGGGGCCAUAGAGUUUGUGGCUGACCCUGAGGCCCUGGCUACCAUCCUGUCAGGUGAGGGGGUGAAGAGCUGGCGCCUGGGGCGCCAGCCCAGCCUGGCUCAGAGGGUACUGGUUCGAGAGAGCCAGGGAGGCACCAUCCGGAGGGGCCAGGGUGCCCGGGCCUCUGCAUAUUUGGCUCCCAGAACCCCCCAAGCCCGACUGGACCCUGCCAGGGCUUCCUGCUUUUCGAGGCUAGAGGGACCAGGACCCCGCAGCUGGACCUUGUGCCCCCAGAAGCUAGAGGCUGUGAUUCCACCUUCAGGACCUUCCUUUCACUCCUCUGCUCGCCCCGGCUUCCAGGAGCUAAAAAGAGAGACAGGUGGCAGCAGCCGGACUGCAGUGAGCCAGGCCUCGGGAUUGCACCUGGAGACCCCAGCCCAGCCUGCUUCCUCUGUCCUGGAAGGAGAACACGAAGUAGUCACUCGCUCAGAUGAAGAAGGAAGGGGCCCUCCUGGUCCGGCCCAGUGGGUUCCAUUAAGAGAGAGCCGGGAGCUAACCCACACCAAGGACAGCCGUGACUGCCACCCGAUGCCCUCCCCUGGGCCUGUGCUGCUACCAUCCGUCCCCCGUCCAUCCCCCUUCGGAUUGGCCAAGCGUGUUCCCUCCCCCGGCUCCUCAGCUCCGCCCUCAUAUUCAGUGUUGCGGCGUCUUGCCAUUCGCCCCAAAACCCAGUUCACACCCAUCCCAUCGGCCCCCAAAGCUCAGCAGUCUUGCCCUGAAGAGCCUGCUCUGCCCUGGGAGCAGAUUGCAGUCCGGCUGUUCGACCAGGAGAGUUGUAGAAGGUUACAGGAGGGGCCUGGAAAACUGCCUGCAGCAAUGCCUCAUGGACCCCAACCUAGUAGAACCCCAAACCUCCAAGAGCUGAAGAUGCAGCGCAUCAGUAUCCUGAAGCAGCUUUUGCAACAGGAGGUAGAUGGGCUGGCAGGGAGCAAGUGUGUCCCUCCUAACGGAGGCUCCUCUCUGGAUAUGGCUGAACUUCAGUCCCUGCUGGCAGAGAUUCCUAGAACUCCGAGUGGCCCAGAGCUGGAUUCUGGGGCUUUCCGCCCUCCUGAACUGAUACAGCACUCUGGACUGCCAAUGCCCUGCCUUCCAGAGGAGGGUGGGGAACCGCAGCUGGGCCCUGGGGCAGAACCUGAGGCAGCUCAGCCCUGCCCUCCGGCAGAGCCAGGCCCCCCAGAGCCCUGCCUCAGGAGGGAGCCUGAGGUACCGGAGCCCACCCCCCAGAAACAGCCUGAGGUACCGGAGCCCACCCCCCAGAAACAGCCUGAGGUACCGGAGCCCACCCCCCAGAAACAGCCUGAGGUACCGGAGCCUUCCGCCCAGAAACAGCCUGAGGUACCGGAGCCUACCGCCCAGAAACAGCCUGAGAUCCCGGAGCCCACCCCCCAGAAACAGCCUGAGGUACCGGAGCCCACCCCCCGGAAACAGCCUGAGGUACCGGAGCCCACCCCCCGGAAACAGCCUGAGGUACCGGAGCCCACCCCCCGGAAACAGCCUGAGGUACCGGAGCCCACCCCCCGGAAACAGCCUGAGGUACCGGAGCCCACCCCCCGGAAACAGCCUGAGGUACCGGAGCCUACCGCCCAGAAACAGCCUGAGAUCCCGGAGCCCACCCCCCAGAAACAGCCUGAGGUACCGGAGCCCACCCCCCGGAAACAGCCUGAGGUACCGGAGCCCACCCCCCGGAAACAGCCUGAGGUACCGGAGCCCACCCCCCGGAAACAGCCUGAGGCGUCUGAGGCUCGCCCUCCCGUGGAGCCUGGACCCGUGCAGGCCUGCGCCCAGAGGCAGACCGGACUUCCAGAGCCCUCCCCUCGGGCAGAGGCAGAGGCAGAGGCAUCAGAGCUCUGCCCUCUGGAGCCUCGGGGCACAGGGUCUAGUCCACAGUCCUGCUGCAGUCAAUGGGCUCCAGCUCAGACCACCAGUGUGAUCUCCUCUCAACGCCCACUUUGUGCCAGCCCCACUGUCCACUCACUCCAGUCUCUGAGGCCCCCGGCGGGCCAGGCAGGCCCUAGCAAUCUGGCUCCUCGAACCCUGGCCCUGAGGCAGCGCCUCAAAGCAUGCCUGACCGCCAUCCACUGCUUCCAUGAGGUGCGCCUGGAUGACGAGUGUGCCUUCUACACCAGCCGAGCCCCUCCCGCAGGCCCCUCUCGUGUCUGCACCAACCCUGUGGCCAAGUUACUGGACUGGCAGGAUGCCCUGUGUUUUAUUCCAAUUGGUGCUGCAGCCCCUCCGGACUCUCCCACAUGAGGCGACCACUUCCACCCGUUCCUGCCCUAGCUUGACUCUUCCUUUUAGCCCUUAUUUAUUGUCGGACCACCCUAUGGGAUUGGGAGUCUGGCAGUGGACACCCUUUUAUCCUUCAAUAAAGUUUCUAAAGCGAUCUGA